GGAAGGGACUGUACAGGCAGGCAGCCUAUAUAAAGUCCUAACCGCGUUGCUAGCAGCAUAUUACGCCAUGACUUCGGCCGUACCCUUGCUGAGCAGGUGGUGUAGGGCGACCCUUGCUGCUAGGAAGAAGCUGACUCAUAAAGCAGAGCCCGCUUUCUGUAAAGGUAUCUGGUGGCAAUGUGUGCGCUCUUUGGCUGCGCUUUCGAAUGGUCCGGAGACGGGCGACAUGCGAGGUUACUUGACUUCUAACUACAAGGAGGUGAAGCGGAGCAUCAAUGAAGAACUUGUCCCUUCAGUUUCAAGCAGUUUGCUGAAUCCAGAUGCCAUCUUUGCCAACAAUGAAAUGAGUCUGGAGGACAUAGAAGUUUAUGGCUUUGAUUAUGAUUAUACAUUGGCUUUCUACUCGAAAGACCUUCAUACUUUAAUUUUUAACACUGCUAGAGAUCUUCUAAUCAAUGAGCAUCGGUAUCCCAAAGAAAUAAGGAGUUAUGAAUAUGAUCCAAACUUUGCAAUCCGGGGUCUCCAUUAUGAUGUUCAUAAGGCCUUGUUAAUGAAGAUUGAUUCAUUUCAUUAUAUUCAGUUAGGAACAGUGUAUCGAGGAUUAAAUGUUGUACCAGACUCGGAAGUCAUUGAAAUGUAUGAAGGAUCACAUGUUCCUCUGGAACAGAUGAGUGACUUUUAUGGAAAGAGCUCAGAAGGGAAUACACUGAAGCAGUUUAUGGAUAUUUUCUCAUUGCCAGAAAUGACUCUUCUGUCCUGUGUUAAUGAGUACUUUCUGAAAAACAACAUUGAUUAUGAGCCAGUUCACCUGUACAAAGAUGUGAAGGAAGCCAUAAGAGAUGUUCAUGUAAAAGGAAUAUUAUACAGAGCUGUUGAAGCUGAUAUCGAAAGGUAUAUUUGCUAUGGAGAAAGAACUCAAGCCGUAUUGUCAAAACUAGCAAAUCUUGGGAAGAAAAUGUUUCUAAUCACAAAUAGCCCCAGCAGUUUUGUGAACAAAGGAAUGAAUUUCAUUGUAGGUAAAGAUUGGCGGGAUCUCUUUGAUGUGGUUAUUGUUCAAGCUGACAAACCUAAUUUCUUCAAUGACAAAAGAAGACCUUUCCGCAAGGUAGCAGAAAGAGGAAUUCUGUUGUGGGAUAAAAUUCACCAUCUUGAAAAAGGCCAAACCUACAAGCAGGGUAAUUUGUUUGAAUUUCUCAAGCUUACUGGAUGGCGGGGGUCAAAGGUUUUGUACUUUGGAGAUCAUAUAUACAGUGAUUUAGCGGAUCUGACUCUAAAGCAUGGAUGGAGGACAGGAGCCAUUAUCCCAGAGUUAAAAUCAGAGAUUGAAAUCAUGAACACCUCUCAUUACAUUACAACCGUGACUUGGCUUCAAGGUCUAACUGGCCUACUUGAAAGGAUGCAGGUGUACAGGGACGCAGAAUCGCAGAUGGUCCUACAAGACUGGAUCAAAGAAAGACAGGAGAUGAGAGAUUUGGCAAGGAAAAUGUUUAACAGACAGUUUGGAAGCAUAUUCAGGACUGACCAUAACCCCACCUACUUCCUGAGGCGCUUGUCCCGCUUUGCUGAUAUUUAUAUGGAGUCUUUAAGUUGCCUUUUGAAUUAUGACCUGCACCACACUUUCUAUCCUAAAAGGACUCCAUUACAACAUGAACUCCCGGUGUGUUCGGAGCAGCAGAACACUGGCACAUUUAGGAUCCCACUUGGGAAGGAAAUGGCUCAGAUAAAGUGAUUCUCAUUAUUUAAAAGGAUGCUCUACAUCUGCACAUUGAAUGAAGGAAGCCUUCUUGUGUCUUUCUUUAUUUAAACUGUUGGGUUGAUGCUUUUAUCGCACUACAUUCUCAGCUGUUCAGACAAAGUUGUUGAGCACAGUGGCACAGGCUACAUUGAUCGACUGGAGAAAGCUUCAUGGGGGUUCUCCUUACUGCAUACUGUCUGAAUAAUAUGUUUUUGGGAGCCCAUUUGAGAAGUGUUUGAGCCAUUGGUUGUGCUUUGUAUAUUGCACUGCAUAUCAUUUGUAUGUCUGCAAAACCUAUUGUGUUCUCAUGUUUUAGGUUUUUUCCCUAUUUAUACAAGAAAUUUUGCUGUGUAUUUUAAAUGCAACGUUAUCUUUCAUAUGCUUUAUUAUGUUUGCCGAAAGCUUUUAAAUGAUGGUUUUGCUCUCUCAGAUCAUAACCUUUAAACAUUUCCUUAUCUAGAAAUAAGUGCAUAAAUGGGCAGUGCUAUUCAGUUAACUCCAAAUCCAUGCUUCCUUUUGUCUUAAGUGAAUUUGAAACUGUCUUAUCUGCCUUUUUUUUUUUUUCUUAUUGUUUGAAUGUACACCCUAACACACUUUUUUUUAAAGUAUAAGUUAACAUUUUAUGCAUAUUUUUCCUUUUGUGCUGACUAAGAAUAAGAACAUACACAUUUUUGUACUGUUGCUAUGUAUAAAAGAAACAACAUUUAUGAUUGUGUAUUAUACUGUUUUUUUAAGUCCGUUGUGUUUCCAUGAGCUAUACAGUUAUACAGUGAGCAUUAAUGCAGUCUAAGGCAAACAAUAGUAAGUCUUGUAUUUAUUUGAUUGUACCAUUCAGUUGAAGACAAACCUGUAAUUAAAUUGCUGGUUCAAAGUGG